GCCAGACUCCUGACUCUGAGGCCUGCCUACGACAGGCGCAGCUUCGGUCGCGUGAGUUUUUGAUUUGACCACAUGAUAGUUUCAGAUUCAACGGACAUUUAUUGAUCCAGCCUGCUCAACCUAAGGUAACUCACCAAAGUACCUUACCUACCGACCAUCUCUUCGACUGUCUUCUACAGUCCACCGUUUUCUUUCUGUGCUUUUUGUCACAUUGUCUCGUGUCUGCAUGAAAUAGGCUCCUCAGCGCCUUUAUCUUGCUUGUGAUAACCAUUCGCAGAUACCCAGGUCGCGGACGGACACAGCCCCUGUCACCGUCUUCGUCUGUUAGCAGCACAACUGCCGUGUUGUGAUUGUCUGAGUUCGCACUCUACACCCUCCCCGCAUCCGGACUCUUACCUACGGCAGCCAGAUAGCAACAGCUUUAAAGCAUCGAGUGUCUCCUCCAGAUUCGAGAUUGUCAAGUUUGCUACUACAACUUCUUAUCGAACACCGUUGUGAUGGGUGCGGAAGACACUGCGGUUGGUGGGCUACCAGCCUCUUCCUCAUCCUCUAAUCCACGAAGAACCGGCGGCAGCCAGUCUAUCGCUCGAGGUGCCAAUACACAAGGCUACGACGAACAAUCACCUCUACUAAAUAAUGAUGCCAACAAUGUCCAUGAGGAAGCGGACGACUCACAGGUCAAAAAGAGCAUAUGGUAUUUGCUCAUAUUGACCAUUAGCAUCGGUGGUCUCCAGAUCGCAUGGUCUGUUGAGCUUUCAAACGGAUCACCAUAUCUUCUGUCUCUUGGCUUGAGCAAAUCUCUCAUGGCUCUCGUCUGGAUUGCUGGACCCUUGACUGGCACCCUUGUUCAGCCAUAUGUGGGUAUGCUCAGCGACAAUUGCCGUCUGCCCAUGGGUAAGAGAAAACCGUUCAUGAUCGGGGGAUCUAUUGCCACUAUCCUCUCCCUCUUGUUUCUUGCCUGGGCCAAAGAGAUUGUUGGUGGUGCCGCCAGACUCAUGGGUUUUGACCCAGAGUCUAAAGAUGUGAAAACAACAACUAUUGUGGUCGCAGUUAUCGGCGUUUACGUUCUCGAUUUCGCCAUCAACACCGUCCAGGCGUCCAUUCGUGCAUUCAUCGUCGACUGUGCGCCAGCUCAUCAGCAAGAGUCUGCCAAUGCCAUGGCCAGUCGGAUCACCGGAUUUGGCAAUAUCGUUGGAUACAUUGCUGGGUAUGUCGACCUGACUCGUCAUCUUGGCUUCCUUGGAAAGACGCAAUUCCAGAUCCUCUGUGCCAUCGCAUGUUUUGCCCUUGCCUUGACCGUGUUUGUGAGCACCGCCUUCAUCAAGGAGAGAGAUCCUCGACUUGACGGCCCCGCCAAGAAAGAACAACAAGGCGUUUUCUCAUUCUUCUUCACUAUUUUCAAGUCGAUCAAACGCCUCCCGCCUCAGAUCAAGAGGGUAUGCGAGGUCCAGUUCUGCGCCUGGGUCGGCUUCUUCCCUCUGUUGUUCUAUACGUCCUCUUACAUCGGAGAGAUCUAUGUCGAACCAUAUCUCCAAGCGAAUCCCCACAUGUCUCCGGAACAGCUCAACAAACUGUAUGAGCAAGCGACCCGAAUUGGUACCUUUGCACUUCUCAUCAACUCGAUCGUGAGCUUGCUCACAAAUGUGUUCCUUCCGUUUUUCAUUGCUCCAACGUAUGAUAGCCAGCCAGUCACUGGUAUUCCAGGAGAGAGCCCUGCAGGCUACUAUGACUCGGAUGAAGAUGAGAAGCCCUCGUGGUUAGACAAGCUGGCCAUUCCUGGCCUGACUCUUAAGCGUGCUUGGUUCCUGUCCCUCCUUCUUUUUGCUGGAUGCAUGUUCGCCACGCUUUUCGUCCGAACCGUAAAGGCAGCCACCGUGCUUGUUGGUCUUGUUGGUAUCACCUGGGCGAUGACACUGUGGGCUCCAUGGGCCAUUAUCAGUGCCGAGAUCAGCCGGAGAGAUGCCCUGAUACGAGCUCAAAAGAUGCGAUUGGCGGCCGCCAGAGCAAACAAUGACGGAACCGCAGAUGACGAGGAGGAAGAAAUCGACCAGGCUGGAGUGAUCCUUGGCAUCCACAACAUGGCGAUUGCAGCACCUCAAAUCAUUGCAACUGUUGGUUCUAGUAUCAUCUUCAAGCUCUGGCAGAAGCCCAGAGGCACACCGGGAGACCACAGUAUUUCUAUUGUGUUCGCCCUUGGUGGAGCUUGUGUCCUGAUUGCAUCAUUCUUCGUUGCUAAGAUCAAGGAUGAUGCUUCUAUGCCAGCUGAUGUUAUGAUCGAAGCCGAACAGGGUCGGAGUGGGACAGAAGAGGCUCCAGAACGUCGACCUCUCAGCAGGCGCAAGUCUACCAAAGACCAGCUUCCCAGAGCGACCCAGGCCCGGGCCACACUGACACGACACAAGAGUUUCGGAGGCGCCGAAAUGCACUAAGAGCAUCAAUACAAACGCACACACAGAGAGACGUACACGCCCUUGAACGAAGCAUGGGAAGGCGCAGGGUAAGGCAUCUGGAUUGGCAUUUGGCUCUAUUUCCCAAGCCUAGGAGCAUAUGGAGGGAUGGAAUACCGUUUAUUUCUUUUUUAGUUAAUUUGAUAAGUACCUAAUGCUAGAAGCCCUAGGCAUAAUGCUGGGCUAUAGGUUGGAUGUUAGAACCACAGUUUCAUGUUUGAGCGUAGAUCAAGAUAUCACAUUCGUUC